AUGACUGAUGCGUGCUAUUCAGAUAUGUUAAUUAUGAUUGGCCUCUUGCUUCCAGAAGGAAAUGACUUACCAGAGUCUACUUAUGAGGCUAAAAGAACACUUUCCGCAUUGGGGAUGGGGUAUGAAAAGAUUCAUGCUUGUCCAAAUGACUGCAUCUUGUACAGAUUGCACCAUGCUGAUGCGACCAGUUGUCCAACUUGUGGUGAAUCAAGGUGGAAACUUGGAAAGGACAAAUCUGAGAAAGAAAGGGUUCCAGGGAAGGUAUUGUGGUACUUCCUUCCGAUCCCAAGGUUCAAACGGAUGUUCCAAUCGACAGUGUCAGCUAAGGAGCUAACUUGGCAUGCCAAUGAUCGAAAGAAAGAUGGAAUGAUGAGGCAUCCAGCCGAUUCCCCAACUUGGAAAAUGAUUGACACAAAAUGGCCAGACUUUGGUCUAGAAAGUAGGAACCUUAGAUUAGCGCUUUCAUCAGACGGGUUUAAUCCACAUAGUUCUCUAAGUAGCAAAUACUCAUGUUGGCCUGUUAUACUUAUCACCUAUAACCUUCCUCCAUGGUUAUGCAUGAAGAGGAAGUACAUGAUGUUGACUAUGUUAAUUUCUGGACCCAAACAACCCGGAAAUGACAUCGACGUCUAUCUACAGCCAUUAGUGGAUGAUUUGAACGUGUUGUGGGAUGGGGUUGAGAGAGUAUAUGAUGCUGUAAGAGGAGAGUAUUUUAAACUGAAGGCGAUACUAUUAUGGACAAUUAACGAUUUUCCCGCGUAUGGGAAUUUAUCGGGAAGCAUUGUGAAAGGAUACAAUGCUUGUCCAAUAUGUGUUGAUCAGACAAGACCCUAUAGGUUGAAGCACUCUAAAAAAAUGGCAUUCAUGAGGCAUCGACGAUGGCUGCCACGACAUCAUCCUUAUAGAAAGCAAGUUGCUGCUUUCGACAACACCAUAGAGGAGGGUGAAGCUCCUACACCAUUAACUAGAGAGGAGGUGUUGACCAGAGUUCAAGGUCUAAAUCGACCAUUUGGCAAGAAAAACCCUCCUCCCCCUUAUAAGGGUCUUGAAGAUGAAAACAGACCUUGCUGGAAAAAAAGGUCUGUUUUCUUCGAACUUGAUUACUGGGAACAUCUUCCGGUAAGACAUAAUCUUGAUGUGAUGCACAUUGAGAAGAAUUGUUGUGAUGCUAUUCUUGGUACGCUGUUGAACAUUUCUGGGAAGACUAAGGAUGGGGCUGCUGCUCGUUUAGACAUGGUCGAAAUGGGUAUACGGACUGAUUUGAAGCCUACAACUGCUGCAAAAAGGGACAAGUUGCCUUUGGGUAGUUGGAACUUGUUCCUAGAUGAGAGAAAGAUUGUUUGCAGUUCCUUUUUCAAUAUGACCGUUCCAGUUCGGUUUUCAUCCAAUGUACGAAAUCUGGUGUCAAUGGAGGAUUUACGACUUGCUGGUCUUAAAUCACAUGAUUGCCACACUAUAAUGCAACUUCUUCUCCCUGUUGCAUUAUGUUCAGUUUUGGAGAAACCAGUUAGGUACGCAAUUAUUCGGUUUUGCCUAUUCUUCAAAGCAAUAUGCAGUAAAGUGAUCGACGUUUCAAAAUUGCAACAAAUGAAAGCAGACUUGGUCGAUACAGUUUGCCUGCUUGAGAAGUUCUUUCCACCAUCAUUUUUUGACAUAAUGAUUCACCUAACUGUCCAUCUUGUUAGGGAAGUCGAGUUAUGUGGUCCGGUAUUUUUUAGAUGGAUGUACCCUUUUGAGAGGUACAUGAAAGUGUUCAAAGGAUUUUGA